AUGGAUCAAGAGUUGACUGUCAGUAGCAGUUCUGUUGUUAGUGCCAUACAUCCCUGCUAUGAAUCAAACAAUGAGUCUUACACAUUUACAAGCAACCCUUCCAUAACAUGUGUGUUGUUAUAUCUGUUCCUUGGUUCACUGUCUGUGGUCACAAUAUGUGGAAACCUUCUUGUAAUAAUCUCCAUCAUUUAUUUCAAACAGCUCCACAUCCCUACAAACUACCUCAUCCUCUCUCUGGCAGUGGCUGACUUGCUUGUAGGGGUUUUAGUUUUUCCUUCCAGCAUGGCGUUCACCGUGACCUCGUGCUGGUACUACGAAGGUUUGUUUUGUAAAGUGCGAGGCUGCUUCGAUGUCACGCUGAGCACAGCGUCUAUUCUGAACCUGUGCUGCAUUUCUAUCGACAGAUACUACGCAGUGUGUCAGCCUCUGACUUACAAAAGCAAAAUGAGCUCUCGCGUCGUUGCCGUGAUGAUCCUGGUGAGCUGGGGAGACGCCGCUCUGAUUGGAAUUGGUGUCAUAGUUGCAGGUUUUAAUCAGGGAAAAUGUGAAGACAGCUGUUUAAUGGACGCUCUAAUAUCAACCACGCUCGCUUGUAUUUUCUCCUUUUAUAUCCCAGUCAUAAUUAUGCUCAGCAUCUACCUGAAAAUCUUCCUGGUUGCACAGAAACAAGCAAACAGCAUCCAGAGCACAACAAAGUCUGGAGCAGCUGUUAGUAGGAUGGAGAGGAAGGCCACCAAAACUCUGGCUAUAGUUAUGGGUGUUUUCUUGUUGUGUUGGACUCCUUACUUUCUCUGUAUCAUCUUUCAGCCUUUAAC